CAAGGUUAUUCACUCUCUUACCAAGGAGACAAGAGCGACGAUUGAUAAGAAAAGCCUCUGCUCACUGGCUGCUUCGACUUCAUUUGAGAGUGCAUUUCCCCCAUUGCAGGUUGUCCUCCUUGGAUCAGAGUAGUGGCCAUGGCCUGGUGCUCAUUCGCAGACGCUUCCUUCUGCCACCGGGCGGCGCUGUUGAGAUCAAAGUCAUUGCCGAGGAUCUUUUCAUCUGCAAGAAGAACCCAGCGUAAUAAACCUUCAAGAUUCUCGAGGGAAACUUGAAAUGCAGAUGGACACCACAGGGUGAAAACCGAGCCGGAAGGCCACAAGCCACCUGGUCCUGGUAAUGGUCAAAGCUGUCCGAUAUUAACUUCAACCUGGGGAUGGAGAGAAGGCGCAGCACACCAUGGACGCAACAAAAUGGAGGGAUACCAAUUGUGUCCCUAUAAUAACCCUAAAAGGGAAAAAGGGAAUAACCUGAGCAAGUACGUAAACAUGGUCAUUGAAACGGCCAACACAUAAAUGUGUCCUUAAGUGUAUACCUAUAACCCACAGUGAUGUUAUGCACGUGUGGUGAGUUGUGUGAAUAAUGCAUGUACAGAUAGGACACGGCACACCUUUUUAUAUUUUGAUAAAAUCCUAGUAAUGAACAUCUGCAAUAGUUUUUAUUUACAAUGCCUUUAACACGCUUUUACACAUGGUAAUCACACACAAUUUACAUCAGCAGGCUUUAUGUUAUCAUGCUUCGAUGCUAAAUGUACAAUUAUUUACAAUUAAUGAGACACCCCAAAAUAAUCUAAUGCUGCUAUUUGAGUCAGAUAUACACUUUUGAUAUCACCAUAUUUAUAUCUUAUAUAUAUAUAUAUAUAUGAAAUAGAUGUAAAGCAACAACUCCUUUGAACACCGAUGCAGUUGCCGUGCGUGAAGCUUAUUAUGUUCCUGGUAAUUACUGCCUUCAUCACUGUUUUAUUUCUCUAAAAUCCAUUGACUUGUCAAUUAAUUAGACCCACGCAGUGAUCUCUUUUAUUAAAGCACUGUAAAGGAAAGUGUCGUUUUCUUUUCUUGUUUACGCCCUGUUUACUAUACCUGUUUGAACCUGGGAACCUUAAUGUUGCCUUACAGUUCUCACCUACAAUUGGUGAGGAUUGUUGAAAAUGUAUGCGCAUGAAAAGGUAUAGGCCUUUAUUGGGCCUGUUGUUGCGUCUGUGUCUUAUUUGAAACUAAAAUGGUUUCCAUUUUGUCUUAUUCUGUGAGAUUUAUGCAUAUGGAAUGUAUUAAAUAUAGAGGCAUAGGGAGCAAUAGGGAGCCACAUAGGUCUUAUAGCAAACGAAUAAUUUGAUAAUAAUGAUUUAAUGUUAAGCACAGUUCAAACGGAUAGGGGUUCAGACAAACUUAUUUUAAUGCUGCAAACCAAACGGAUAGUCGAUAGGUAUGCUGCACGGGCGUGCAUAUACCUCUUUUUUAUUUUCGAAUGUUUGCAUUCUGCACAUAGGGCCUCGCCCCUCCGGCGUUAUGGUGGUGCAUUACAGCGAGGUGAGAGAUACCCACUGAUUGCUGUGCUGUCUCCUUUAUCUGCCUCAGACCCAUGAUGGAUAUGGCCCCGGUUGCUACGUGGCUCUGGAAGGGGAGGGGCCCUGCGUAUCCGAGCGUUCCUAUUGGCUCCAGAGUCUGCACGGUGGAGAGGGGGGUACCUCUAAUCAUAUCCAGCAUGUUUUGCACAAGAAAUGUCAACCAGAAAGGGCUAUCUUCUCCCCUCGCCAAAAUACACCACAAUAAUGGCAUGCUCGGACAGCCCCGCAGGAAACGCGUUUUUUGUGGAUUCUCUGAUCAGCGGCCGGACCGAGGGUGGAGGGGGACACUACUACCCGGGCAGCAGCGUGUGUCUGCCCCAUAACGCCGCAUCAGAGGUGUCUUACGGGCUACAGAACUGUGGAUACUUCCCAGGUAUAGGCAAGCGGAGCGACGUAGGUCCCCAAAACAUGAUGUCUGCCGCGUCAGGCGCGUAUAUGUCAGGCAUGGAGAUGUGGAUGGAUGCGCAGAGGUCGUGCCGAAUGGACCAGCAACAAACUGUGGGUCCCCAGGUUGCGCCCUGCUCGUUCCCGCCGAGCAUUAAGGAGGAGAGCGCAUACUGUCUCUACGAGCCGCAGAAGUGCCCCAAAGCCUCGACCGCCGAAGACCUGACGUACUCCAGGCUAACCACGACAGGCUCAGGUUCAGGCUCGUGCACAGUCACCGACGGCGGUGGUGGUGGGGGUACUGUACCAGUGCCUGGCUACUUCCGCUUGUCUCAGAUGCACGCACACUCUCAUAAAGUUUACCACGGGGCCCAAUCGAACCCCUCUCAUUCUCACUUUGGCCUACACCCCCCUGCACAGACUCGCUUCCACACCCCGACCCCCCCACCGUCCUCAGCCUUAGCCUGCUCAGCCACGGCGGCUUACAAGAGAAGAGACACCGAGGAGUCUCUGUCUUCCGGUACCGCGUCCCAGCCCCAGCAGACGCACGCCCCACUGGGGGGCGAGGAGGCACGAGCGUCCUCCGACGCGGAACCUUCAUCUCCCGAGGAAGCUGAAGAGGAGCUCGAGAAGGAGAAGCCAACGAAAACACCUAAAGGAGACACAGAAAGCGAAUGCACGGCCAACUGGCUAACAGCAAAAAGCGGACGGAAGAAACGUUGCCCAUACACCAAGCACCAAACUCUGGAGCUCGAGAAGGAGUUCCUCUACAACAUGUACCUGACUCGCGAGCGUCGCCUAGAGAUCAGUAGGAGCGUGCACCUGACGGACAGGCAGGUCAAAAUAUGGUUCCAGAAUCGCAGAAUGAAACUGAAGAAAAUGACCCGGGAAAACAGGAUUCGGGAGCUCACGUCAAAUUUUGGUUUCUCGUGAUAACUUUGAAUGUUUUCGAUAAGCUUUGUAUUGAACUAGCUUUAGUUAUAAUGCAAGAUGUAAAGGGCACAUCUUUAAUAGGCCUACAUACAAACCUAGUCUUUGCAUCGUCUUAUAUAAGCUACUGGUAAAACGUGAAUGUUAUUGGGUUGUCUCUUUUCUUCAUUACUUUGUUAAUUGUUCGUUGAUUCGGUUCUGUUGCUGUCACUUGUUGGGAUAGGUGUCUUGAGUAAAACAAUGGAAGGAAUUUGCUUUGGGUCGUAUAGGAUUGUAGCCUACCAAUACUUAAAAAAAUAUAUAUGUUUGUUGUAGAUACAAAUAUAAAUCACAAUUGAGAUGUACGUUUAUAUUGCAUAUAUGUGGGGAAUUUCCUUUACAUUUAUACUGCAUGAAACGACAUGAUUCAAAUCCAUAUUUUCCUGCAUUUUGCAAUGUGGAUCACACUAAAAUGUAAGGCCUAUGUAUCCACAGUAAGGGAAUAAGAUGAGUCGCCCUGUAAAUGUAUUCUUCCGAUGUAAUGUAUGUAGAUAUUAUGAUGAGCUGAUUGUAAGUGUACAUAGAACAACAUAUAUUUGAUCCACUUUAGGAUAAUAUUGUUGUGUAGACUCGAACUAAGGGAAAUGUAGGCUACAUGAGCAGUCUACAUUGUGAAAUUGUUUUUAUUGUGUAUAUCAUUAUGUACAUAUGAGGUUGUGUUUUCGUGUAUUGCGUAAUAAAUGAUCAGUUCACAUAAACUGGA